AUGGCGGAACCUUCAUACUCGAGGAACGAGCUCGUCUCGGAGCUCACAUCGUACCAUGAAUUCCUCACGCGGCUCUUCCUACCGCCAGAGGUCGUCCAACACCCUCCCGAGGGCGGCUGGGAGCACAUCGCGCCCGACUUCGUCAAAUCUCUCUGUCUCGGCAAGAACGACACCGUGGCGGGCCUGAUGAGGCAUAUCCCCUACGUCAGCCGUACCAAGGAGGACCACUGGGAUCCGUGGAUGGUCUACGAGGGCGCCACCGCUGUCGAUUUCACCGGCGACGUCGUCCUGAGCCUGCCCACCAAGUACGCCGACGAGUGGCUCUUCGGGCCUUACGAAGCUAAUAUCUCGACCGCGCCCCUUCCGCCCCAUGUGUUUGUCUACGCGACCAUACCGUCCGGCCGCGACGGUCAUCAUAUCCUCAUCGACACGGAGCGCGGCACGAUUGUUCUUGCGGAUCCCCAGACUGGUCCGAAGCCGACCGGGUUAUCGGAUCCUCAAGCACCGGACGGAGAAGCCUGGCGCAGAUUUCAAACCUACACAGUUCACGAGUUUUUCGCCAUGGCCAAGGAAAAGUUCAAAAAGUUUGAGAUGAAAACAAAUAUAUUAUAUCACCCGGUUACGCCGCACGCGCAGAUUUACCGCGAGGAGGGCGUUUUCACGGAACGGUAUGACAGAGAGAGAUGCAUGAACAGGCUGGACGAGUACCAGCAGCAGAAAGAUCGGGAGAAUAGGCAGAAUCGGGGGGAGGAAGAGCCCGUCAGUGCCUCCGCCGAGAGACAUAUCCACGAUCCUCGACAUGCUGGCAAAAGAUAUUGA